AUGAAAUUCUCAAAGGCAUCCAUUGCAGCCUUUACUGCACUUUCAGUUUUGGCAGCUCCUGUAGCAGCUGAUGACGAUUGUUCUUCCACCCAAGUUCAUGGUCACCACAAGCACAAGAGAGCCGUCGUUUACGACUACCAAUACGUCACUGUCACUGUUGAUCCAAACGGAGACGCUAUCGCAUCUACUGAAGCAGACUCUACCUCUACCUCAGACACUGAAAACACUUCGUCAACUUUAACCACUGCAGUUGCUUCAACCACUUCUGUCGAAGAAACCACUUCUACCAAGGCUAGCUCAUCCGCUGCCCAGUCGACUUCCUCCUCUAGUUCAUCAUCAUCAGGGGGUAUUUAUGGUGACUUAGCCGCUUACGUGGACCCAACUGAAGAAUUUGAAGAUGGUGUUAUCUCAUGUAGCUCCUUCCCAUCUGGUCAAGGUGUUAUUGCCUUAGAUCACUUGGGCUUCGGUGGUUGGUCCGGUAUCGAAAACUCCGAUGGAUCCACCGGAGGUGACUGUAAGGAAGGUGCAUACUGUUCCUACGCUUGUCAACCAGGUAUGUCCAAGACUCAAUGGCCAUCUUCUCAACCAGCUAAUGGUGUUUCCAUUGGUGGAUUAUUAUGUAAAGGUGGUAAGUUGUACAAGUCCAGUAGCAGCAACUACUUAUGUGAAUGGGGUGUUGACUCGGCAGAAGUUGUCAACAAGCUUGACGAAACCGUUGCUAUUUGUCGUACUGAUUACCCAGGUACUGAAAACAUGGUUAUUCCAACAGUUGUCACUGGUGGUUCUACUUUACCAUUAACUGUUGUUGACCAAUCCACUUACUACACUUGGCAAGGUGGCUCCACCUCCGCUCAAUACUACGUCAACGAAGCUGGUGUUGAUUGGACUACUGGUUGUACAUGGGGAACUUCUGGUUGUGGAUACGGAAACUGGGCUCCAUUAAACUUUGGUGCUGGUUACGCUAACGGUAUUUCAUACUUAUCGUUGAUCCCAAACCCAAACAAUUACGAUUCCUUGAGUUACGACGUCAAGAUUGUCUCUGAUGGUUCCGCUACUCUCAGUGGCUCUUGUACUUACUCCGGUGGUAAGUACAAUGGUGAUGGUACUGAUGGUUGUACUGUUGGUGUUACUGGUGGUAAGGCUCAAUAUGUUUUAUCUUAG